AUGUCACGUGGGUGGUUUGGAAAAAACCUAUUGUGUCUACUUCUUGUGACUUUUGUUGGCAACAAAUGCUUGGCAGAGGGUGAAAAACUAAACAAACCAACUUUACCUCCGUGUAUGCUUUCUGAAGGUUCAAGUACGUCUGUUCUGGACUCACAAUCGUACGAGUUUCAAAACAGACGUGUUCGCGUAAAACGGGACUCUCCAAAGUCGUAUGCUUCUCCGUUUGACAACGUCACUUAUUAUUUCGAUGAUUUCAAAAAGCAAAUGGCCGCCAUCGACUCUAUGUACUGCGGGAAACUGUGUACGAUGACGUUUCCUCACGCUGCCUACCCCUCGAAUGGAUACUGUGCGAGCUGCAACUGCGACGAGUAUUGCCAGUGGUACGGCGACUGCUGUGUCGACUUGAAGUUGGCCCAGACUCGCAAUCAGACGACAGACAUGCCACUGGGAUGCGAGACCGAUUCCAUUAGACCUGCCAAUUACGAAGACUUCUACAUGAUGGUUAAUGCGUGUCCAGAGACGGCAGAGAAACCAGAGAAAGAUAAGUGUAGCAGACGUCAAAAGUGGGACUGGCUGUCCAAUAUUCCGGUCACGGGCAAAGAUACCGGAAUGACUCUUGUCUACAGAAACGCGCACUGCGCAAAAUGCCACAAUGCCGAUGACGUCAUAGCUUGGAAAACGAGAGUCGUCUGCAGUAACACAGUAGUGUUCACAAAUACCUCUUCGGCAAAAGCCGUGUACAAAAAGGCAGCGUAUGACCCUAGAUGCAGAGUAAGUUUCUUUACAAACGCAAAGCAUAGGAAACAUUUGCGCUUUUGUUCCGAAGUACGUGAACCACUCGUAAAGGAGUGCAACAUGUCUGGUGUUUGGAAAACGUACGACGAAAGAAUAGAAACCGCUUGUCACAGUUACAAAAACGUCGUGCAUAAGAGAUACUGGAAUAUUUUCUGCUAUCUUUGCAACAUCGAUGUUGACUGGACUAUUGUAUUCCUGGAACGGCCAGAUGCAUCAGAUGAGGUACGCGUCGCAUCUAUGAUGGCUCUACUGGAGGUGGAAGGCGACUCGGGACCAUCCACGGACAAGUCGCCGUGUCCGCCACACGAAGUAUUUGAUCCGUACAAGAAAGUAUGCAUACAUCUUGAGUGUUCUAUUGGAAAGCAGCUUCAGAAUAACCGUUGUUCCAGUGUCGUCAGGACGACCAACAUAUUCAGCUACAGGAUGCUCCUUCUGGUCAGAGUGUACCCACCUCACCCUCUCAAUGCGGAGGACGUAGAACAAAUGGCAGUGGGCAUAUCACAAUCCCUGAGGAAGCACAUCCCCGAAGAUGCACGGAGACUAAAUACAACCCUUGAAAUUCUGGAUCUAAGAAACUGCGAAGGAAGCGAUCUCCGCAUACUGUGGAAAUUACAAAUGUUCUUGUACCUCCCAAACAUGGUAAAAAGAGACGAGUUUGAGAAAGAAUUGCUCAAUAUUACACGACACGCGAGAGACAGUGUUCUUCAUUUGUAUAACAGAUCCGACAUUAUUGCUAGUCCGAUUUUGAACUAUGAGGUUUUGAAACCUGCACUAUUGUGCAAGGCUCCAUUUACAAACACUAGGUUCAUUUUUAAGGAAACUAUUCCACCGACAUUGAGUGACACCGUAGAACAGUCGAUCACUCUUGAUGUUAACGAUUUGCUAACCUGUCCUCACAUCCACCUACAAGAACAGGAGGUGCAUCCACCAUCUCUCGAUCUGGGUACUUCCUACCCAACAUUAACCCUUUACAUAAUAAUCAGCGACACCAUAGUGGAAAGCAACAAUUACGUCAUCCUGAACGACCGUUCCGUCCGCAUGUGCGUGCGCAGCUACAUAGGUUUACUUAUCGGGCGUCCUUCAGGAGAUUCCACACUAACAGUGGUAUCCAUAGUCUCCGACAUAUGUACUUAUCUGUCACUGUCCUUUCUGACUCUGUCCUUUGUUCUGUACUGCCUCUUCCCACAGCUCAGGACGUCCAGUGGCGUGUCCAACAUGGGCCUCAUCGUCACACUGUUCGUCGCCCAGGCCUUGUUUCAGUUCGGCAUGGAAAGGACUCAGAUCGUCUACCUCUGCACGGCUAUCGGCAUCUUCAUACACUUCUUCUGGCUCGCCACUGUGUGGUGGAUGAACGCAGUAGUCAUCUACCUCUUCUACACCCUCUGCUUCCCGUUGAGGUCCAUCUGCCUAGCGCGGGCUGUGAGGGAGGUCUUUCUCGUGUCUCUCCUCUACGCCUACGGCUGCUCGGCCCUGGUGGUUCUGUCCACCAUCACGGCCAACCUGGUGACGUUCGGCGACACCGGAUACGGCUCGACCGUCUGCUACAUGAAACGCGACCGCUUCAGAAUGUUUGCCUUCUGUCUCCCCAUCGGCGUCCUCGUCUUCUUCAACAUUCUGAUCUUCACCAUCACUGUGUGGAAACUGCGCAGUCGCAAGUCCAUCAGCUCCUCGAAGGAGCACAAGAUCAGCAUGUUCGCCUGCGUGAAGCUGUCCACCACCACGGGCCUGUCGUGGGUGUUCGCCUAUCUCUUUCUGUCCACCAGACUGCAGGCCUUCUCCACCGUCUUCUCCAUCCUCGUUAGCUCCCAGGGAGUGCUUUUCUUCGUCGCGUUCUUCGCCAACAGACGAGUCUGGAGUCUGGUGCAGCAGAAGUGUAAAAGGAUGAAGCAUCACCAACCGAAGUCGGAUUCGUCGUCUCCGCACAAUACUAAAUCCACUCAUAUGUGAUUUUCUUUUUUUAAACCGAAAUAAAAAUCUAAUGAUGGAAAUGAAAUUAAAGGAACACAUAAAUAGUAGCAGCAAAUAUUAUCUAAGACCUGGCCAAGAAAAAGAAACACCUGCGAGUAGUGAUUAAUUGCUCCUUUAAUUUUAGUAUGGGAGUUGCAGUCCUCUUUUUGGCGGCGCAAGAGGGAUGAAAUCUCCAGUAAAGGAUUUCCUCGGAAGUGGCUGUCCUCCUGUAGACGAGACACUAAAUAGAGUUAAAGUGUUUUUGUUUUAUUUAACGACCCCACUAGAGCACAUUGAUUUUUAAAUAGAGAUUCAUGAAAGAAAGAAAGGUUUUA